CCAGGUACAGUACCCCAGGAGCGGCCAGAGGUUAUUUGUCUAUUUGUUGCCUUGGUGCUAGCCGGCGCUAGCACGCUAGCAGCUUUUCGGCUGCACCGGUAAACAACAUGGCGCCGAAAGCUCGGUUUCAAGAUGGCGAGAAGGUUCUGUGUUUUCACGGGCCGCUGCUGUAUGAAGCUAAGUGCAUCAAGGCCCAGGUUAAAGACAAGCAAACCAAGUACUUCAUACACUACAGUGGCUGGAACAAAAAUUGGGACGAGUGGGUUCCUGAAAGCCGUGUACUCAAGUUCAACGAUGUUAAUCUCCAAAAGCAAAAGGAACUCGAGAAGGCGCACCUGUCCUCCGCCUCUCACUCGCACUCUGCUUUAAAAGGAAAAAAAAAUAAGACUACUAAACCAAAGAAAGAGAUAGACAAGGAGCGCUCCUCAACUCCAUCCCAAGAAAAGCCUCAGAAACAGAAAGGUGGUGCAGCAGCAUCGGCAGCCACUUCCCACCAGCCAGCCUCUAGUCAGGCUUCAGAGUCAGGUGGAGAAAGCCACAGAAAGAAACGGAGCCGUCUGGACCCCCAUGUUGAGUCGGAGGAAGCAUUUUUGGCCCGAGUGGAGAUCAAGGUGCGUAUACCGGAUGAACUCAAGCCUUGGCUGGUAGAUGACUGGGACCUUAUCACACGACAAAAAAAGCUUGUUCAACUUCCCUGCAAUGUUACUGUGGACCACAUUUUGGCGGAUUAUGUGAAACAGAAGACGUCAGUGAAAGGAAUUUCAUCUACCAAGGAGAGUGCUGUCCUUGAAGUGACGAAUGGGCUCAAGGAAUACUUCAAUGUGAUGCUAGGAAGCCAACUUUUGUACAAAUUUGAACGGCCUCAGUAUGCCGAUGUUUUAAAUGAAAGACCUGACACCCCAAUGUCACAAAUAUAUGGUGCCAUUCAUCUACUGAGGCUGUUCGUGAAGCUUGGCAGCAUGUUGGCUUACACACCGCUGGACGAGAAGAGCGUCCAGCUUCUACUCCAUCACAUUCACGAUUUUCUGAAGUACAUGGCUAGGAACUCGCAGCUGUUCAGUCUGAACGACUACACAAUAGCGCCUCCAGACUACCAACGAAAAGCCAUCUGAAAUUGAAAAGCUGCACUGCUCAAAACAAAACCUUGCUGUGGAAAUUGUCUUCCUUGCACUUGCUGCAUUCAUUUGAUGCUGCAGGUGCAGUUAUGCUCUAUACCGGAGCGCAGGAGAAAGUAAAACUGCAGUGUGACUGCUGUAUGUGAGUAGUAGUUAACGUAGCUAUGCGACAACAUUUGUGGAAUUUAUGCCCAAGUUGAACGCAUUUAAGCUGUAUGCAUUGUGCAAAUGUCAUUCAUUCUCAAGGUUUCCACAAGUGUAGUUCUCAGCCUGUCUGAAGAUCUUGCUGGACGACUGCCAUUAAACGAAAGUGUGAAUGUUCAUUGUGAAAGUGUGCAUGUUUACAAAUAUAGGAUGUCCAAACUUAA